AUGAAAAACGCCACAAAAUUUCCGACUUUUUAUUUCAAACAAUUCGAUUUUGAAUACAGUUACCCUGGCCUAGCGUGCCUUUUCUCGUUUUAUCUCUUCUAUGUGUACGUGUUCAAGGAAAACCGCAAAGUUGAUGAAAAAACAGCACUAUUUCCUAUCACCAGUCACUUUUACAAAAUGGUCAGGACCACGAAUGUUUUGUUUUUGAUGCAAAUAUUAUUUGGGUCUAUGGCAUCUGAAAACUUAAAAACCGGUGAACUUUUCCACUACGCAGAAUGGUUCAUUCACUAUUGCCUAUACGUCAUCACCCAAGUCUUCCACUUUUUGAUAUUUCUACAGACUUUUGAACGUUUCAUCAUGUAUUUCACAAAAUCGGCGGAAAAUUUUGUAAAGAUCUCGCAACAGUACCUGAUCAGACGCUCUUGGAUUUUGUACAUCGUAUUUGUGAUGAAAGAUUUAAUACUCGGAAUUUUCUGGUUUUUAGCAAACGUCACAGUCGAUAUACAAAAAUGGUAUACCCAUGAAAUUGUGUACCUGGUGGUUUUCUUACUCACAAAUUUUCUCGCCUGGACUUCUGCGGUGUUAUAUAUUCCAAUAUUCAUCAGUGUUAGAAAGCUAUCGCAGUUAACGUCAGCUCAGUUUCACUCCCCACAUAUCUACAUUUUCUGGCAGAGCAUCGUUGUGGUUGUUUUCAAAAUUCAUUUCAUAAAAGAGUUCAUCAGUUACUUAUAUUUUGACUAUGUAUAUUGCUUCAGCUUUAUAAUCUCCACGUUGCAUUACGAUAUCUACGCAACACCGCUCAUCAUACAAGUUUCGUAUAUUAGCAGCAACAGACGGAAUGUGAGAAUCUUGCUCACCUCGUUUAGUGUGAGGCGGUUUCUUAGAGUUUUGUUUAAUAUGGGAGAAGUAUCUGUUGAGCCACUGAACUUUUGA